UUGACAACAGCGAUUAUAUUUUGGAUUGAUGACAUUUCUAUGGGAUUAAGUUCCGUUUGAUAUCUCCAAAGAGACAGUGGAAAUAAUAAAGUAUUCAUUGCGGUAAGAAAUGGAAUCCCCAUACGCCCCUUUAAGCGAAAGCUGCGCCAAGGCACUGGCGGACAAGGCUUACGAAAAGCGUAAAGUAGCCUCACAGGAAAUAGAAAAGAUGGUGACGGAAUUUAAUAUGAAGAAGAACUCUGUACAGAUACGAAAAUUGAUAGAAGUACUUUCAAAUGAUUUCGCGACGUCCCGAGACCCUAACCGACGUAAGGGCGGAUUAAUCGGUUUAGCAGCAACCAGCCUUGGACUGGGAAAGGAUUCGGAGCGUUAUGUGAGUGAAUUGGUUACACCUAUUCUGAACUGCCUUAGUGACCCAGAUGUUCGGGUGCGCUAUUUCGCCUGCGAAUCUUUAUACAAUGUAGUUAAAGUAGCGAGAGCAGCUAUCAUACCUUUCUUUCCAGAAUUAUUUUCUGCAUUAUCACGGUUGGUAGCUGAUUCUGAUCAAAUGGUAAAGGAUGGCAGUGAGUUGCUGGAUCGCUUGCUAAAGGAUAUUGUCACUGAAUCUUCGCAGACGUUUAAUUUGGAGGCAUUUAUACCACUUCUAAAAGAACGCGUUUACGCAACAAAUUCAUUUGCUAGACAAUACGUUAUAUCGUGGAUAUCGAUUUUGAACGCAGUUCCCGAAAUAAAUAUGGUUAUUUAUUUAACAGACAUUUUAGAUGGACUUUUUACAAUGUUGGAGGACAACACCCUAGAAAUUCAACGCAUGUGCGAAACAACGCUAAGCCAGUUUCUGAAAUCCAUUAGAAUCGACUCGACUUCUGUGCGGAUGGAGGAUACAAUAAAUAUUCUAAUUAUUCAUGCACAGUCGCCUAAUGAACUUAUAAAAUCAAUUGCUAUAACCUGGAUACGCGAAUUCGUUCAAAUAUUUGGACCAAAUGUAUUGCCUUAUGCCAGCGGGAUAUUUACUGCAAUUUUACCGUGUCUGGAAUACAACGUUGAAUCUAAGAAGAAUAUCAAGGAGUGUGCAGUUUCUGUCAAUACCUCGAUAAUGUUAUUAAUAUCAGCUAAAGAACACAAGUCGAAAAAUAUUGAGAAAAUAGAUUUACGUUCUGUCAUGGAAGUGCUUUCGCAGUAUUUGACACAUAACUCGGUGCAUACAAAAGUUGCCGUGCUAAAAUGGAUUCACCAUCUAUUUACACAUUUUCCCAACGAGAUGUCACCGCAUGCAAACAAUUUGAGUACUAACUUGCUAGGCAUAUUAUCGGACAAUUCGGACGAGGUUGUACUUCAGUGCUUAUCGGUGUUAGCGGAAAUUUUAAAUUCAACUUAUAGUAAAGACUCCAGUGACUUCAAUAAAGCGCACUAUCGUAAAUUCCUCCUAAGUUUGAUCAACUUAUUUGGCGAGGAAAAGAAGUUUUUGGACAAUCGUGCAAGUCUUAUAAUUAGGCAAUUAUGCGUAUUGCUGAAUGCGGAGUAUAUCUAUCGUACCUUCGCCGAAAUUAUUGAUGAAGAAGUUACUAAAUUUGCCUCGACAAUGGUACGCUUACUUAACAUGAUAUUGUUGACAUCACCCGAGCUCUUUGAACUACGGAAUUCUUUACGAGACAUUACAAAUGAACAUUCAGCGGAUUUAUUUAAAUGUCUUUAUAAGAGUUGGGCCCACUGUCCUGUCUCCACACUAUCUCUAUGCCUGCUGGCGCAAAAUUAUCAACAUGUUUCACAACUUGUAGUACUGUUCGGUGAUGUGGAAAUAACUUUGGAACUACUGAGCGAAUUAGACAAAUUAGUACAGCUUAUAGAAUCGCCGAUUUUUGCACCCUUACGUCUCACGUUGGUUUCAAAAGCAAAUAACUCUGCAGAUGCGCAGCACCUGGCACACGCGCUAUUUGGUGUUCUCAUGCUGUUACCCCAAACGGAUGCUUUCAACUUAUUAAAGAAUCGCUUGCAAUGUGUACCCAACUAUUGGGGUCAAACGCCAAUCGAUGAAAAGAAUUCACUGCAGUAUAAAAGCAAAAUCAAUUUUGAAAACUUGUUGCAACAUUUUAAGAAGGUUCAAGAAUCUCAACGGGCAUUACGGAUUCAACAGAGACGGAAUAUCAUUCUACCUGAGGAAAAUUAAGAAG